CCAGGCGCAUGCGCCGCGUCCGCCACAGUUCCACAUUUAAAACCUUUUGUUUUUAAUCAAAUUACCGUUAAAACCGUUUAUAUCGAAUUUCUCCCAAAAUUCCAAAGUGAAUUUAGCUACAAGUGAGAUUUAAAGUGUAUUUAGACUGUUAUCUGUGUUCAAAGUGAAAUCGCAAGGACAAUGACGAGUUUAGUGAUGUAUUGUCGAUUAUAACGGCCGGAUAAUUGAAGUGAAUUACAGUGAAAUAAACAUGGAGGAUGUUUACACGAUAAAGGUUAAGACGAAGCCUGACACGAGGAAUCUGUACCCUUCGGAGAGAAGGUACUCAGCUUCAACCGUAUCAGGACUGGCCUGGGUGCACAUUGCAUUGGCCGCGACGUCAUUUCUCCUAGCUUGCCUAGCUUUGGUCAACCCUACUUCGGAUAUAAAGCGGCUAACUUUAAAUGACACUGAAGAAACAGUCGUUGAUAGACACGAACUAGCAUUUAAUUUGACUAAUAAUUAUGAUGAAGAAAGAUCUGCUGAUUACAUUGAAUCUACGACGGAUGGUAUUACUACAGAGCGGAACGAUGAAGAGAGUAAAGAGAAAGCUGAAGAAGAUAUAAAUGUUGAUAAAAGAGAUAACAACUACAUUCUAGUUUUAGCACCGACUUUGCUAACAGUUUUCGCUUUAGCCGCCGGCAUAGCAUCAAUUAUGGCUUCAGCAAGAUGGUAUAUCGACAGAAACAUAACGUGGUUGUUCUGUAUGUCGGUUUUAUCAACAUUAUUUGCCCUCACAUCCUUCAUAAUGAUAGCAACAUGGUUUGCUAUGACAGAAGAUGACAUUUCAGAGUUUUACAAAGACAAAGUGCCUUUUAAAGACUAUUUUGUAGUGAAACAGAGUGAUGUCGUUCACAAAAACGAAUCUCAUAUUGUUGUUAAGACUUCUUCCAACGAAAACGAAGAUGACCACUCGCAUUUGUUUACAAAACGCGUUCUAUCUAUAAACAUACUCAUUGCUUCGUUUCUUGAACUGCUAUGGUCGAUUUUAAGCGUAAAAAUCUCAUAUAAAGGAAUGAGGAAUAAUUAUAAGGAAGAUAACGAUAGAAGAGGGAAUUGCAUAUCAGUUGUGACAACGAUUAAAGGUAACACGAACAAGCUGCCGAGAAACGCUAAACUCAUACCGCCAAAACCUGAUUUGAUAGACCACUAUCCCAGCACGAAAAUAAAGAGGAUAUUCCUAGCUCAAAGUGACAAUGGAUUCUACUUGAAAAACCAGAAUAACAAAGCGAAGAACACUGAGACAAGCUCAGAGUUUUACAAAGAAAGAAUGAUGAAUUUCCUCAACAGAUGCGCUUCUCAGGCGAAUAACUCUGAGAUGAUAACUCCCAGCGAGCACUCAGAGUCCGUACUUAAUGCUAUCCCUGAGGUGACGAACGUUGAAGUCACGAUAGAAAAUGACAAUAAAGACAAUAGAGUGACCCCUGUAAGUUGGGGUGACACCCCGGAUCACACAAUUUAUAACCAGAAUAAUAUUAAUUUCGAAAAGAUUUUUAAUUUUAAGAAAGAAGAAGAAAAAAUUGACGACACUCAUGAAGAAAAAGAUAAGCCAAGUGAUUAGGUUGUGAAAUACUUAUUUAGAGGUAUAAAUUUAAAAAAUGGUUAAGUGCAGUGUUCAUAAUUUAAGAAAAAAUGUUUAUGGUAUGUUUUGUGUGGUUGCAUGGUAUAUAUACCUAAUUACUUAUGUAACAUUUUUUUUAUCUUUAUUCGACGUCUUGAUUACCUUGAUCAAGCUUGAUAAAAAAGAAAUAAAAUCGCAAGUAUGACUUUAGAAUGUAAAUUGUAAUACCUAUAUGUGUAGUGCAAGUUAGUUUUCAUAAAAAAAAAACAAAAAUAUUUAUUUUUCAAAAUUGGCUUACAAAGUUAGCGCUUUUUGAACGUCAAAAAAAAUUAAUUACAACAUAAAUAUUAUGUAACUAGCUGUAAAACUACUACCACAUCGGAAUCUGUAACGCUGAGGGAAAGACGUGGCCAGAAAACCUCCCAGCACAGGGCCCUAGUCCUACUGUUUCAUAUUUUCCUUUCUUCUUUUUUUUAAAUCCAGUUUGUAUUACAUAAUUUAUAGACUUAAAUACAAUGGUAUUCCAAUUAGCCGGUGGAAGGAAAGUGAAAAAUAAAGAGUUUAUGUGCCUUUAUCACAGAAACAGUGUUUUAUGAGCUAGCUGACAGAAGCAGGCCUGUCCACAUAAAAGGAAGAAAAUCUUGUAAUGUAAAUUUUGUACGUAGAUAAUAUGUUUAUUACAAAAUAAACAACUUUUAUUUA